AUGUCGACCCGCCGAUGUCGACCCGCAGGGGUGCGAGCUGCGGCCCCGUGGCGGCGGCGCUUCGUCUUCGAGGGCAGCGGAUGGCCCUCCGCGGCUACUGCAACUUCGCCCUGGAAGAGGGCGCGUGCCAUCAGGCGCCUGGCCCCGGCCCGGCGUGGCCCCAGCGCAGCGCCUGGUGCAGGCGCCGCAGCAGCAGCGUCUGUUGCUGAUCGCGGCGCAGCUGCAGACGCAACCAGCGCAGCGCCCAGUGCCAGCGCAGUGCCCGUGUUCACUCGCUUGUCACCUGCGUACCACGAGACCUGA